CUUAAUGGAUUUCAUUUCAGUUAUAUUUGUAGUUAAAUGGAUUCUGUAGUGGAGUAGCUGUACGUUGGAGCUCAAUAUGAGCAAAUGCAUGAGUUGUAACAGGGCAUCGAAUAAAAAAUUCCAGAAAUUCUCUCUCUCUAAACCUAAUUUUCUCUGUAACUCCUUUCCUUUCUUCUAAUUCUUCUCACCUUUCCUCUAUUUCCUUGUUAAACAAUCACACCUUAAUUGAGCUUGAGCUUAAUGAGUUGAAGUCCAAACAUAAUGGAUCUAAAACUCUUCAAGGAUACUAGAGGAUACACUUGCGGCAGAUGCCGACGACGACUGUACCCAAAGACAAAAAAUGUUGCAGGCAUCCAAUGCCCAUCAUGCGAAAGAGUUACUUCUAGCAAUCCACGUCAAACAAAUGAACGAACCAGCAAUAAUAAGUUAGAUGGCAGAUUUUCUAGCACAGAAUUUUACGUUGUCGCAAAAAUCAAGGAGAAAUUUUUACGGAGGCAUCAUCGCGAAGACAGUGAUACAGAAAAACCCAAGCCAUUGAAUUGGAGUCCUUCCCCAUUGGAAUCAUCAUCAACUUCUCUAUCUUAUCCGAGACCGAGAAAGCGUGCGCUGCUUAUUGGAGUCACUUAUAAGAAAUCGAAGCACAAGCUUACGGGAACUGUUAAUGAUGUCAGGAAUAUAAGAAGUUUGUUGAUCGAAAGUUUCUGUUUCCAUCCACAGAGCAUCCUCAUUCUUACAGAAGAUGAGACAGAACCACAUCUAACUCCCACAAAGAAAAACAUCGAGAUAUCCUUAAAAUGGCUUGUACAGGAUUGCCAGUAUGGUGACUCACUGGUGUUUUUUUUCUCCGGCCAUGGCUCGCGACAACGGGAUUUUAAUUUUGAUGAACGUGAUGGGUUUGAUGAAACUAUUUGUCCCGUUGAUUUCUUGAAAGAAGGAAUAAUUCUUGAUAAUUAUAUUAAUUCCACCAUUGCUCAGCCGCUUCCUCCAGGCGUCAUUCUUCAUGCUAUUGUUGAUUCUUGUUAUAGCGGAACGAUCCUCGAUCUUGUUCAUGUUUACAACAGAGAAAAGCAAUGGGAAGAUAAUAGUCCUCCAAAUGGUACACGAAAACAUACAAAUGGUGGAUUUGCAAUUUCUAUCAGUGCUUGUGAAGAUAACCAAAUGGCUGCCGAUACCGGGGUUUUCACAGAAAAGGAAAGGAAUGGUGCUCUGACUUAUAUUCUAGUAGAAAUUGUGAAGAAACGACCAGGGGCCACAUACGGUGACCUACUUGACAUGAUUCAUGAAACCAUUGAUGCAGUCAAUAAUAGUGGAUCCCUUUUUUCAAAAAUCUUAAGAUCAAAGUCACACGAAAAGUUAUUACAGAAGCCUCAACUUUCAGCUUCAGAGCCAUUUGAUGUUAUGAGGAAACAUUUUAUUUUGUAAUCAUAAAAGUAUCACUUACCAUUGAGCGUGAUAGUCUAUUAGUUAACUUAGUGA